GUGAGAGGGGCAGGUCAAGCGAGUCAGCUACAGGCACGGAGUCACUGCUGGGCCGUUAAUUUCAUCCACACUGUCUUUAGUGCGCACGGAGAAUUACUGCGCCGCAAUAUCGCUCUGUCUAGGAGAGGAACUGGGAAUACAACGGCAAUUAGGAAAUAGCGCUAUCACCAUGGAUCAUCACUAUGACGGGGAAGAAAACGACUACAUGCAGCAAGAAGAUGACUGGGACCGUGAUCUCCUGUUGGAUCCAGCGUGGGAGAAGCAACAAAGAAAGACAUUCACAGCGUGGUGUAACUCUCAUCUAAGGAAAGCUGGGACGCAGAUUGAGAACAUUGAGGAGGAUUUCCGGGAUGGCCUUAAACUCAUGCUUCUGCUGGAGGUCAUCUCAGGAGAGCGUUUGGCCAAGCCAGAGAGAGGGAAGAUGAGAGUGCAUAAGAUUUCUAAUGUAAAUAAGGCCCUGGACUUUAUCGCCAGUAAAGGAGUGAAGCUGGUCUCCAUCGGCGCAGAGGAAAUUGUUGACGGGAACGCUAAGAUGACUCUGGGAAUGAUCUGGACAAUUAUCCUUCGUUUUGCCAUCCAAGACAUUUCUGUGGAAGAAACCUCAGCCAAAGAGGGCCUUCUGCUCUGGUGCCAGAGAAAGACUGCGCCCUACAAGAACGUCAACAUUCAGAACUUUCACAUUAGUUGGAAAGAUGGACUGGGGUUCUGCGCACUCAUUCACAGACACCGUCCAGAGCUCAUUGAUUAUGGCAAACUGCGCAAGGACGACCCCAUGACCAAUCUGAACACAGCCUUUGAUGUGGCUGAGAAGUACCUGGAUAUCCCCAAGAUGUUGGACGCUGAGGACAUCGUGGGCACGGCCCGCCCUGACGAGAAAGCCAUCAUGACCUACGUGUCUAGCUUUUACCACGCGUUCUCUGGGGCCCAGAAGGCAGAGACAGCGGCCAAUCGGAUCUGCAAGGUGUUGGCUGUCAAUCAGGAGAACGAACAGCUAAUGGAGGACUACGAGAAGCUGGCCAGUGAUCUGCUGGAGUGGAUCAGACGCACUAUCCCCUGGUUAGAGAACAGGGUUCCUGAGAACACUAUGCAGGCCAUGCAGCAGAAGCUGGAGGACUUCAGGGAUUACCGCAGGCUCCACAAACCACCCAAAGUGCAGGAGAAAUGCCAGCUGGAGAUCAACUUCAACACCCUACAGACCAAACUGCGCCUCAGCAACCGGCCCGCCUUCAUGCCCUCCGAGGGCAAGAUGGUCUCGGACAUUGCGAAUGCAUGGGGGAAUCUGGAGGGAGCAGAGAAGGGGUACGAGGAGUGGCUACUCAAUGAGAUCCGGAGACUCGAAAGGCUUGACCAUCUCGCUGAGAAAUUUCGCCAGAAAGCCGCUAUCCACGAGGCCUGGACCGAAGGUAAGGAGGAAAUGCUGCAGCAGCGAGACUAUGAGAUUGCUUCUCUGUCUGAGAUCAAAGCCCUACUGAAGAAACACGAGGCCUUUGAGAGUGACCUGGCUGCCCACCAAGACCGCGUGGAGCAGAUCGCUGCCAUCGCUCAGGAGCUGAAUGAGCUGGACUAUUAUGACUCUCCUAGUGUGAAUGCUCGAUGUCAGCGGAUCUGUGACCAAUGGGAUGCUUUGGGUGCGCUGACACAGAAACGCAGUGAGGCCUUACAGAGAACUGAGAAGCUUCUGGAAACCAUUGACCAGUUAUACCUAGAGUUUGCCAAAAGAGCUGCCCCAUUCAACAACUGGAUGGAAGGAGCCAUGGAAGACCUGCAAGACACUUUCAUUGUCCACACCAUUGAGGAGAUCCAGGGCCUGAGCACUGCUCACGAGCAGUUUAAAGCCACUCUGCCUGAGGCAGAUAAGGAGAGACAGGCCAUUCUGGGCAUCCACAACGAGAUUACCAAAAUCGUCCAGACUUACCACGUUAACAUGGCUGGCACCAACCCCUACACCACCAUUAACCCACAGGAGAUCAAUACCAAAUGGGAAAAGGUCAGACAACUGGUACCGCAAAGGGAUCAGGCCUUAAUUGAGGAGCACGCCCGUCAGCAGAACAAUGAGCGCCUGCGCAGACAGUUUGCCAACCAGGCCAACGUCAUCGGACCCUGGAUCCAAACUAAGAUGGAGGAGAUUGGCCGCAUCUCCAUUGAGAUGCAUGGGACUCUGGAGGACCAGCUGAACCACCUGCGCCAGUAUGAGAAGAGCAUCGUCAACUACAAGCCAAAGAUCGACCAGCUGGAGGGAGACCAUCAGCUUAUCCAAGAGGCCCUCAUCUUCGACAACAAGCACACCAAUUACACCAUGGAGCACAUCCGUGUGGGUUGGGAACAGCUCCUCACCACCAUUGCUCGCACCAUUAACGAGAUCGAGAACCAAAUCCUGACCAGAGAUGCCAAAGGCAUUAGCCAGGACCAGCUGAACGAGUUCAGAGCCUCCUUCAACCACUUUGACCGGGAUCACUCGGGCAAACUGGGUGCCGAGGAGUUCAAGGCCUGUCUGAUCAGCCUGGGCUUCGAUAUCGCCAACGACUCUCAGAAGAGAACAGGGAUGAUGGAUGCGGAAGAUUUCCGAGCCUGCCUAAUCUCCAUGGGUUAUAAUCUGGGAGAAGCAGAGUUCGCACGCAUCAUGAGCAUCGUUGAUCCCAACCGGAUGGGCGUGGUGACUUUCCAGGCCUUCAUCGACUUCAUGUCUCGUGAGACAGCUGACACGGACACAGCUGACCAGGUCAUGGCCUCCUUCAAAGUGCUGGCCGGGGAUAAGAACUACAUCCUGGCUGACGAGCUUCGUCGAGAGCUGCCCCCCGACCAGGCUGAGUACUGCAUCGCCCGCAUGGCCCCGUACAAAGGGCCUGACGCUGUCCCCGGAGCCCUGGACUACAUGUCCUUCUCCACCGCCCUGUACGGAGAGAGCGACCUCUGAAAACCCUGACCGGCCUGUCCCCGUCGCCACCGCGCCAGCCACC